CUGGGGAUUACAAGCUAACGCCAUGUCCUCAAUCGACAUCGCAUAUAAUCUCUCCCUCUUUAUUCUCCCUCAUCCACCCACAUGUUAGCAUUCAGCGCACCUCGAGCGCAGUCCUCGCUCGUCGUCAAGACCGCCGCAAGCAUCCGCCCGGGCGAUCGCCUCAUCCUCGGGCGCACGGCCUCCCUCAUUCUGCCCCGCCUCUAUCUCGCGAACCUCUUUACUGCGCAGGACGAGGAGCAGCUCGUCGCGCUCGGCAUCACGCACGUCGUGUCCGUCAUGGAGCAGCCGCCGAAGCUCCCAAAGUCCAUGCCCCAGCUCCGCACACUGUAUGUGCCCGUCGCGGAUGCGGCGAAUGCGAAUCUGCUCAAGUACAUGGACGAAACGACCGAGUUCAUAAAGGAUGCGCUCACUGAGAAUGAGCAGAAUCGGGUGUUGGUCCAUUGCUUGGUGGGCAUGUCUCGCUCUGCAACCGUCGUCUGUGCGUAUCUCCUCGCAACGACGCCGAUGAAUCCGGAAGAAGCCGUUGGGUUCGUCGUCUCAAGGCGUUGCAUUGUCUCUCCGAACGCUGGUUUCCGGCGGCAACUGGAGAAGUACUACGCCAGGCUGCAUCCAAAGCCUCCAAAAGAUGAACCGCAGUUGAGCAGAGGAAUCCUUCAUCGGAUUCGGCUAUGGAGAAGAGCUGCUGCGUCGCGCAAGAAGAUCACUGAUGAUCUACGGAUUCCAAACGCGUCGUCAGAGAUACUCGCUUGAAGGUAUCUUUGCUCGGGACGCUGCUCAGGUUUACUUGGUGUGACCGCUGGUUGGACUUUUCUGGACAUUGUACGAUCUCUCGCGGCACUUUCAUACUUGAUAUUGCUAUAUCUGUUGCGCUAAUUGUGCAUGAUUCCGUAGCAGUCUGGUCGCGCAUGUAUUCCUACUCUACUUCUUAUUAUAGGUCCCUCUGGUAAUGUACCGAUAUACUUUCCUUCGUUGAUGGAGAAUGUUCAUUCAAUUACGUGCGGAG